AUGCGGCGUAUCGAGCUGAUCAGCCUCCACAUGGAUGAAGCCAACUACGUGUACUCGUUUCUUCGGUCUACAUACCCGAAGCUCUGUACCGUGUUCCAAGCGAAUUGGAAGAAGAUCGUUGAACGCUACAGCUUUGAGGACCCCGCGCUACCACACGCCAGCUUUUUGGAGAACACGGGAGGCCGCAGAUAUGCCCCGCUCUGCUUUACACAAGUUGGUCUCCCUUUCAUUCGGCUAAUGUACUUGCUGGGCAGCAAGUUCAAAAAGGUAAUUUACGAGGCUCCAUUCAAAGAAGCACUAAACGGCGUGGACGCCCUCACCUCCAAGUGGAUCGCUGAAGCGAAAGGGAAUGAAAAUCCGCUCGACUCGGCAUUAUGCUUUAGGAUCAUGAGGGAAGAAGUGGCGCGGCUGAAUAAAAUGGUUCGACGUGGUGAUCGCAACAUCCAACUGGGUAGUGAACUGAAAGCAAAACCGCAGCAGAAAUCGGCUUCAAACUCAACGAUGGACGAAUUUUGGGAUAUGGUCGAGGUUGGGAUUCCUGGAAAAGUCGAACUGGCAGAUGGACGCGUUGGACCGCGCUACGACAACGAUCGCAGGGACAUCAGCGGUAUCCAGCUAUUGCCUACAAGUGACGAGUGCUUUCGCGCCUGCCGACAUUGGUACCGGGAAAUUUGCCAUUCCACAAAAAUGCUCACUGGUUACCCCCAGGACCUGAGCGUUGGGUGGAUACGCACUUUCGGCUGUAUCGAGAAGAUUCGCGAUAAUUUCGUUGGUGGGCGCGUGCGCGACGCCAAUGUGGACUACAACGUCUACCCGAUCGUCCAGACUUUCACGGCACUGAUGCAUUCAGUGAAACCAGCGGAACAGCUCGGACUCUGCAUCACAGUGCGGUUCCCACAGCCAGAGCUGACCGGGAAGGAUGAUAGAAACCUCGCCAAGGCGGACAGCGUUGAUACACGCCGAGACAUAUGGAGCAAGCCCGGCCGGUUACCGUUCAACGCGAUGGUGGCUCUUGUUGUGUACGCCGAGAGCAAGCUGCAGGUGGUGUUUUGCAAGAUUAUUGUUCGUGACCUUGAUCGCCUUGUCGGCACCACAGCGGAGGUCACUCUCCAACCGUACGAGUCCCGCGACUUCGUGGCUCUAGAUCGCUGGCAAUCCACGGCAUUUUUACACCGAAACCAAGAUGGCAGCUACCCGGUGAUGUUCCUGGUGGAGUUUAACAAAGUUCUUUACGCCGCGUACGAGCCUAUACUACGCGCGCUGCAAAGUAUUCGACCGGAGACGCUCCCGCUUUUGGAAUAUCUGGCGCCGGAGACUCCACCGGCGGUGGGCGAGGCGUCGAUGGAGCCACCUCGGUACUGUUUGAAGUCUGGGUUUACGUUUGACUUGCUUCCUAUCAUUCAAAGCUACCCUCAAGGGGUUGGUGGGGAACCACAGCAACUGCGUCUGCGACCACUGCGUGAGGAGUCUCGUCAGAGCUGCGAACGUGCUUUGAGCCAGUAUUCGACACUGGAAGGGGACCAAGCCAAAGCGUUAGUUCGAGCAUUGAGCAGCCGUGUGGCUUGCAUUCAAGGCCUCCCAGGCACGGGGAAAUCUUUCAUCGGGUCGCUCCUUACUCGAAUUGUUCUCAAGGCGAAAGUGUCGCCCGUGUUGAUUGUGUGCUACACCAACCACGCGCUGGAUCAGUUCUUGUGCCAUCUCCUUGACGUCGGGGUUACGAGUCUCGUGCGGAUCGGGGCGCAGUGUAAAGAGAAGCGACUGACCAAGUACAAUUUGACCAACGUCCGCCAAUUCACGCCUCGAUACGAGCUCAAACGGCUGUACGCUACUUUAGAUACACAUGCUAGUGCGAUUGCCAAUGCGUUGACAGAGAUGAGCGCCGACGUGAACAAGCCGACGUGGGAGUGCAUUAAGGGGUUUCUUGCCAACAACCACCCGGAUGAGUACGACUACUUCGAGGAGCGAAGCUUCGAUCUGUUUGGUACUCGUAGAGGGUGGCGAGUUGCAGGUUGCGGCGACAUUCUGGAGUAUUGGAUCCGAGGUCGCGACGGUGCCAGUCACCAGCGUCGUGGGUCGAGGCCACCGAGAUCGGACGUUUGGACGUGGAACGUGCCCAAACGCCGAGCUGUUCUCACGGAAUGGGUCAAAGUGAUGCGGUUCAAUGCGGUGGAAGAGCUUGCACGUGCUCAAAAAGCCUACACUGACACCGUGAAGAAGAUUGAAGCUGUCAAGGAGGAGGCAGAUGUGGACGUGCUUAAACGCAUGCAAAUUAUCGGAAUGACAACCACCGGCGUGGCCAAGUAUCAGCAGAAAAUCGCGGCGGUGGCGCCCCCAGUCGUGAUUUGCGAAGAAGCAGGUGAAGUCCUGGAGGCGCAACUCAUGGCGUGCCUAACCCCCGCGUGCCAGCACCUCGUGCUUAUCGGGGACCACAAACAAUUGCGCCCGCACAUCACCGAGUACAACCUCAGCGUGGAAAGCGCCAUCGGCAAGCGGUAUGCGCUUGAUGUAUCACUUUUUGAGCGUUUGGUGGCCCCAAGCUCAGGACUACCGUUCUGGAUGCUGACAGAGCAGCACCGCAUGCGUCCGCAGAUUUCGGAGUUGUUGCGAAUAUUAUUUUAUCCGGAAGUCCGCGAUGCGCGCGAGACGUUGGAGUACCCACCGCUUCACGGUGCUCACGACUCCUUGACGCGCUACCAUUCGAAUGAGUACGAAGUGGCGUACCUUGUCGCAACGCUCAAGUAUCUGCUGCUACAGGGUUACAACCCCGGCGACAUCGCAAUCGUCACUCCUUAUGGUGAAGAAGCAACCGUCAUUCUGGCCAGCUUGGUGCGCAGCAGUACGAACGUCCAUGACCGUGGAACCAUCGGCUUUCUCAAGACGCCGAAUCGGAUCAACGUGCUUCUUUCCCGGGCGAAGCAUGGGCUGAUCCUUGUGGGGCACGGAGAAUUACUCCGUGCCAAGUCACCGCUGUGGCAACGAGUACUCGACCAAUUGCAGAGUGAUGGCUGUUACGGCAAUGGCCUACCGCUUCACUGUCAACGACAUCCUGACUACCAGCGUGUCGCCACAAAACCAGAUUCAUUCGCGCUGUUGGCUCCUGAUGGAGGUUGUCUACGUCCGUGCGGACGACGGCUUCCACGUUGCGGCCACGCCUGCCCGAAGUUGUGUCAUGUCGACCAACCAUCCCACAAAGCUGUCUACUGCACCCAACCGUGCCCACGACUACAGGAGGGAUGUGGCCAUGUAUGCCCUGGAGUUUGCGGGGAUCCGUGUGGUCGAUGUGAGGUGCUGGUUGGCUCGAUCACGUUGCUCUGUGGGCACACGUACAGCAACGCGCGAUGCUUUGAGGCCAAGAAGCCAUCCGAUGUGAGAUGCAAUGUGGUGGUUGAGAAGCUCAUAUCCGUCUGUGGACACAAGCAGAGUGGCGCCUCCUACAUCACUGACGUCAAGUGCACGCGAAAGUGUGGGGCAAUACUCCCCUGCGGCCACCCGUGCUCCGGCUAUACCGCACAGCAUCAGCUCUUCCGUGUCGCUGUAGUUGUGGUAGCCUGUUUGACAUCCACGCUGCUCGCGAGGAGCGAAGAUAGUAGAUUAGCAUCUCGGUUUGUCAGAGAACGAGAGGCGAGCAGCGGAGACGUACCGCCAUCGGCUUGA